CGUUUCGGUGCCAGCCCGGUUAGCCCGCUUUAGGGGCCUUUGAUUCUAACAAAUAUUUUACAUAACGCCCCGGACCAGGAAAACGUUCAGGUGAUACCACCCAGCUGGUUAUAGCAGAUUUCUUUUUUCCUUUGGACUUCCUGAGGCAGGAGGAUAACAUCUCUUCUUCGAGUCUAUGAUACAGGUUUUAUGGAAUCGUUUAAAGAAAAAGAACGAUCUGAAUCCCGUGCUUUUUUGAGAGCUUGUAAGCGUGUCGGGAGGCAUGUCGAGUCCCCCGGGCAGCCUCUCCGCGCGCCUCGCGUCCUGGAAGCGGUGCCCGCGGUGCAGGCGCGCUGCAGAAUCCCGGUUAACAAAACGGGGCCGCGCGACGGCUCGUCGCUCCGUGAGCAAAACAGAUGCGUUUGCCAGAUCAAGCCGGUGGGCAGGCUUGUGGUUGGGUCCGCUUUCUGUAAUACUAAGAAGCAGGUGCAUGAUGGCAUGGAGUUUCUGGGAAGUGGAAAGGUGUGCUCGCAGAAAAGGGUUUGGAGGAGUUAACAUGUAACGUGUUUGGGAGGCUGAAUGGAAUAAAAAGGUGGUGAGAUAAAUGCGUGUUUAAUAAUUAACUGUAGGACUUCAGUCAUGUAUUUACUAUGAGUAUCUAUCUUAAAAUGACUAUCAAGAAGUAAAUGUUCUUCUAGGCACUGUCAAUGAUUAUCUUAAUUGAAGUCCAGACAACUCGAAUACUUUUAAGUAUCAGAUUUUUCUUAGACUUAUGAUUAGGUACGUUUAUAUAAAAUCUUGGUAAUAUUCUUAGAUUUUGAUAAAACUUCUAACAUUAAUACUUUCUCUUUUUUUAAUUUGUCAUAUCUGCAUCCGAAAAUCACAGUCACAGUAAUUAUAAGAAAAGUAGCCUAACAAAUCUUCCUUCGCACUUAAACAGAAAGAAGUUCAGAAACUAAAUGAGAACUUGUAUCACAAACUAGACCUAGAUUGUUUCAAUUUGCGUAAUCUCAGAUAAGAUACGUCUCAUUAACAAAAGAAAUAUGGGAGUGUGUCUUUCUAGUAGAAUUUCUAAUCCAACAGUGCUGUUCUUUUUAUUUCAUUGUUAUAUAUUAGUCAUUGCAAAAAUAAAUAAAAGGUAUGUUUUAUGAAUAAACAAGCCAGAGUUCUGUAGCCUUGCUGAGAUUUUUUUCUUCAUGCUCAUGAAGGAACAUUACAAAGUAAAUUUUUCAAACAUUCUAAUGUUACAGUGCUAUGAGCAUAUAUUCCACAAUUGUUUCUCACAGAGUGACAUCAGCUUUUAAUUUAUAUUCUCUCUCUCUCUCUCUCAGGUUGAAUUACUGUUCACCUGCUGUGUUUCCAAUGGAAUUUUUUGCAUGGUUUAACUUAUGGUGGAAGCUGUCCCAGUCUGUCCUGAAAAGUUUCUGUUGUUUUUUAGAGGCAGGAUUCCAAUAGGAAAAUUUUCUUGACCUUGCAUCUGGGCAGCUCCUGAGGAUGGCAAGCAAAGGACCCGCUACUUCUACAUCAACGGAAAACUCCAGUACUGGAGGGACCAGUGGCAGCAGUAGCAGCAACGGUGCUGGGGACAGUACUAAUCAGGACAGCACUUUUGAAUGUAACAUCUGUUUAGACACUGCCAAGGAUGCAGUUAUCAGCCUGUGUGGACAUCUCUUCUGUUGGCCUUGUUUACACCAGUGGCUAGAGACCAGGCCAAACAGGCAAGUGUGUCCUGUAUGCAAAGCAGGAAUCAGUCGAGAUAAAGUUAUUCCUCUGUAUGGAAGAGGCAGCACUGGGCAGCAGGACCCCAGAGAGAAAACUCCACCACGACCCCAGGGUCAGAGACCUGAACCAGAGAACAGAGGGGGAUUCCAGGGCUUUGGGUUUGGGGAUGGUGGCUUCCAAAUGUCAUUCGGAAUUGGGGCCUUUCCCUUUGGUAUAUUUGCCACAGCAUUCAACAUAAAUGACGGGCGACCUCCUCCAGCUGUUCCAGGGACUCCUCAAUAUGUGGAUGAGCAGUUCCUAUCCCGCCUCUUCCUGUUUGUGGCUCUGGUGAUAAUGUUCUGGCUGUUGAUUGCAUAAAUCUUUUCCAUUAUCCUGUAUAUUCAUGGCCAGCGAGGCCUCUGAAACAGUUACAAACUGCAUCCCCUUCCCAUUUUAAACCUCUUGGUGUCUGGUUCCAUAGCUAAUCACGGGUUCCAGAAACUGGUGGUACCACAGCACAAUGAAGAAUCUCGCGUUUUGCACCAGAGCUGGAAAUUAAACAUUGGUUUAAAAGCAUAUUUCAGCUCAGCUAUCUUGUACAACAGGUUCCUGCCACAAACCAUGGGGCUAGCUUUGAGCUCCACUUCUAAAAGGAGUGCUGCUUUUAAAUCCUGUGCCAAUUAGUUACAACAGGUUUACUUGAAAGACAGUUGCCCCAAGGUAGGCUGGGCAGGUAAGCAAAGUUCUGUAGUGUGAUCUGUAUCUCAUGUUUGGCAACCACGAUGGACCAGCUGGAGUUGCGGAUGUUGUUUGAUGUCUUCACAUCAACAUCUAGCCUUCUUCAGGAAGUCAUCUGCAGCACUGCUGAGACUCCUUGGGCGUGACUUGUGAUGCAAAUGGAACCAGCUUUGGAGAAUGCUUUCUUUUCUUGCUGUUAUUUGAUGGAGUGAUGGAAAACUCCCUGCUGAAGUGGUUCCAGUGGCUGUUAUAAGAAGGGAUACAAGUUUAUGCUGCAGUUUCUUAAAACCUGCAUUUGCUGGAGCCAGACACUGGAAGAUGCUCUCGUCGUGGAGCUGGCUGGGGUUGCCGAACAGUACACACACCUGUCUGCCUCACCCAAGCUCAGUUCCCCGCUGACAAAACAGUGUUGUCUUCCUUGGUUCUUCACAGCAGUCUCUGGCUGCACCCAUGGAUAAUCCCCUCACAGCCUUGUCACUGUAGCUACAUUUCUUUUUCCUAAGGCUGUGAGACAUUAAGCAAGAUCAUGUACUCCAAAUAAAAUCCUAUUAACA